AUGAUGGAGAGGGCAGAGGCGGGGCAGAAACUGUACACGCUCCUGCGACUCUGGGAAUUCCCUGAUCAGUAUGUGAUUGAACCAACUGACGGAUCUGCCGGUGCUCCCUUGGCUAUCAGUCGGAAAGAUGGCUCCAUGUCCCUCAUCGACCAAGUGCCACAUUGCAGCUCUGUUCGGGUGCCCAAAAUCCAGACUAUUUUCGGUGUGGUCGGGCUGCUGAAACUCGUCGUAGGGUCAUACUUGAUAGUCAUUAAAGAUCGUGAAUGCGUUGGAUCCUACAUGGGAAAUCAGAUCUUCAAAGUUACUUCUUUGAAGGUUUUCCCUUGUGAUCAUUCCCUGAAAAGUACUACUACUGAACAGAAGAAGGUAGAAUCUGAAUUCUCUGCCCUGCUUAGCGUUGCGGAGAAGACUCCUGGUCUGUAUUUCUCAUAUGAGGCAAAUUUAACACUAAGUGCUCAGCGAUUGCAUGAUCUAGGUGAUGAGUCGAAGUUGCUUCCUCUGUGGAGACAGGCAGAACCAAGGUUCCUGUGGAACAAUUACAUGAUGGAAGUCCUCAUUGAUAACAAGCUUGACCCAUAUCUACUUCCAGUUAUCCAAGGGAGCUUUCAGAACUUCCAAGCAGCCAUUGGAAAAGAAAUAGUUGAAGUCAAAUUGAUUGCAAGGAGAUGCACAAGGAGAAAUGGCACUCGGAUGUGGAGACGGGGAGCUGACCCUGAUGGAUAUGUUGCUAAUUUUGUGGAGUCUGAACAAAUCGUCCAGAUGAAUGGAUUUACAGCAGCAUGUGUCCAGAUCAGGGGCUCAAUGCCCUUCAUCUGGGAGCAGAUUGUUGACUUGACAUACAAGCCUAAGUUUGAAAUUAUCAAACCCGAGGAAGCACCCCGGGUUGCAGAACGACAUUUCCUGGAUUUGAGAAAAAAAUAUGGAAGCGUGUUAGCUGUAGAUCUUGUCAACACGCAUGGAGGUGAGGGACGCCUGAGUGAAAAAUUUUCGACGGCAGUUCAGCCUGUUAUCUGUGACGAUGUUAGAUAUGUGCACUUCGAUUUCCACCAAAUCUGUGGGCAUGUUCACUUUGAGCGCCUUUCUAUCCUCUAUGAACAAAUUGUGGAUUUCCUGGAGAAGAGCGGGUACCUACUGGUGAAUGAGAAGGGUGACAAACUGAAGGAGCAAACUGGGAUUGUGAGGACGAACUGUAUUGAUUGCUUAGACCGUACCAAUGUUACACAGAGCAUGAUAGGGCGAAAAAUGUUAGAACUGCAACUUCGAAGAAUUGGUGUUUUUGCUGCUGAAGAAACCAUAAGCUCACAUGCAAAUUUUGAUGACAGCUUCAAAAUAAUGUGGGCUAAUCAUGGAGAUGAUAUAAGCAUCCAAUACUCAGGCACUCCUGCCUUGAAAGGAGACUUCGUAAGGCUUGGGCAGCGUACAACUCAAGGGAUCAUUAAAGAUGGUAUCAAUGCUCUUGUUCGCUACUAUUUGAAUAACUUUGCUGAUGGCACGAAGCAGGACGCAAUUGAUCUCCUACAAGGACAUUACAUCGUUUCCGUAAGCCGGGAUAUGAAAGCUCCGUCUCAAGCCGGAGGACUCGAGAGUGUAGCUUCGUUCCCACUGGCGUUUGCAUUGAUCAUGUUCGGGUUCUUGUUUGCAUUGUUAUCACUUAGGCAAGUUCCAUACGAUAUGAAGCACUUGUUCUUCUCAUUGUUGUGGGCAAGCUUUACAGUGGGUAUUGCAGCUUUUGUUAGGGCAAAUGGGCGGAUUUUCUGCAAUCGGCCUCGUCUGCACAAGCCUAGACAAUGA